GCAGCAGAGACCUAAGUGAAGCGGUUCCGUCGGUAGGUGAACUGGAACAGGUGGAAUGUUGCCGGCAAAGUUUAGCAAUUUUAAAAAACGUAGCAAUGUUUUUUGCCGUAUGCUUCUCGUGUUUAUGUUCUUUUGCUAUUUCAUGUGACAUAUGUGCAAAACAGACACAUCAAAAUUCUAUAUUCAGUAUACAUGGAAUUUAUUUUACCGUAGUUUUGAUGAUUUGUUUAUGAUGGGUCCUCAUUCACACAUACCGUACAACAAAAUGCAAGAGUUGACUACGGUAGUUAAAAUGUAUUACUUACAUUUUACAUUUUUAUAUAUAUAGAGUGAAUUCAAAUUCCCAAUUCCACAGACACUAAUGCUCAGACAAACAAAGUCUUUUUGAGGAAGAGGAAGAGGAUCAUGUGGAAAAACAGACUGUGACAGACAGGAGGUCCAUUUUCCAGAACAACCAGCAGCAGGACCUUUGCAACACCAUCAUAUUUUUCUUUUGCAAAGAUGCUCAUGCUUAUAAUCUUCUGUUAUGUUUUGUUUCAAAUCCCUGAUGAGAUCUACAGCUUAGAAAACGUCAAAGGUCCUCAGGCUGGGAGUUUUGGUUAUUUGGCCAGUCUCUCCACAUCAGCAGUGAUCCGGUACUCAGUCCUGGAGGAUCAACAUGUGUGCCUGCCAUGCGGGGCCUCUGCCAGCUCCAAUGUGAUUUGGACUCAUCAGAACCGGAAGGUCCUUGUGGACCGGCAGGGAAGCCACAAGACCAUUCUGGACCCUCAGCAUUAUGAUCUGUUGGACGAUGGUGGUCUCUGCGUGCUGAAGCUCCAUGACUCAGACAGUGGAGAAUAUCAGUGCAACCAGCAGCUGGUGGCUGAGCUGCAGGUUCUCAAUGGGCAUGACCUCAAGGUACCUGCAGGAUGGACACUUCUGCUGGCCUGCAGAGGCUCCCCUAAGCUCAAACACAAGUGGAUGAGACACAGAGAAGGACAGAAUGCAGUGGUCAUCUUCACGCGUUUCAAAGAUGGUACAGAGAAAGCAGAAACAGACGAGAGCAGACUGAGCUACGAGAACGAUUCACUGCAGAUCAGAGACCUGCAGCUAGAUGACGCCGGAGAGUAUAUCUGCAAUAGAAUAAUACAGGCAAAACUCACCGUCCUGCAAGAGAAUCCUGCAUCCACCAGCAUCCUGCCAGCAUUAUCUACCAGUAUAACAACAGUAUCAGCUGUUCCAAAGACAGAUGUUUUUGAAACAAACAACACAACAAAGAAGAGACCUGAGAAUGCUCUGCUACUGGUCGCUGUCAUUGGUUCUGGGUUAAUGAUCGUCCUGAUAGCACUCGUCUGCAUUUUCCUAACCAGCAUGAAGUGCAGAAACAAGAGGAGACAGAGAUAUGCAGCAAAAAGACGAGAGGACACAGAGCUGCAGCUGUGGAUGACAUAUAACGCCCAAACUGAGUAUGAGGUGUUUGAGCGUCCAACCCUGCCUGAUGAAACCAUCCACUACGCCUCUCUGGGUCGACAGAGCUGGAGCCAAAGACCCAGCUGGCUACUUGAUCAGAGCGGCAGUAAUAAUGUUGUCUAUUCUUCAGUCAUCACCAGACCUGGAGCCAAAAACACUUUCACCUGAUUCCAGUGGAUUUCCUCCAUUCUUUGUUAAGCAUGGAUUAGCUGUCUUUGUUUCAGUUCUAACUCUGAUUAAAGCUUAAAGCUCUUAUAACAUAAAACACACAAACAUUAAAAAGACAAUUUUAGGCUAAGGGUUUGGUCAGUAAAAAUGUGGAUUUGUUUUUCAAUUUAAAGAGUAGGAAGUGAAAUCAACACAAAGGUCUACUGGAUGCCAAUAAAUCACAAUUAUUGGAUAAACCAACAUUUGAUUUUUAUUACAGAAAUAUUCACAUAUGAAUUACUGAAUACAAUUGAGCACAUAUAUAUGAAACUGGAAUAAAGCUUUGCUCGGCUGGUAAAGUUUUUCUACAAGCAUAUCUUCAAUCAAAACGGUGUCCCGUUUGUUUUUUCUUCUAUUCUUAACAUUCUGUCCCUGUAACAGACUUUAACAUUCUUGACAUAAGCAGCUGAAUGGUGGUAAAGGUUUAAGGCAAAAAGUGAAAGAACUCGUUUUACAGCAGUUACACAAAAAGGUUGAACUCUAAAACAAAGAUUAGUGAAAUAGCUUGAAACAACUUGUAAUUUAACAGUUGUUUUUUCUUUAGAACCUUACAUGGGAUU